GAGCGGGGCGGGGAGAUGGAUAAACUGACCAUCAUGUCAGGAUGUCUCUUUCUGGCCGCCGAUAUCUUCGCCAUCGCCAGCAUCGCCAACCCGGACUGGAUCAACACCGGGGAGUCGGCGGGAGCACUCACUGUGGGCCUAGUGCGACAGUGUCAAACCAUCCAUGGACGAGACCGGACCUGCAUCCCUCCCCGACUUCCCCCAGAGUGGGUCACCACUCUGUUUUUUAUCAUCAUGGGAAUCAUUUCAUUGACUGUCACAUGUGGUUUGCUGGUGGCCUCCCACUGGCGAAGAGAAGCUACAAAAUAUGCUCGAUGGAUAGCAUUCACUGGAAUGAUCCUUUUCUGUAUGGCUGCCCUAAUAUUUCCAAUAGGAUUUUACAUCAAUGAAGUCGGAGGUCAACCUUAUAAAUUACCCAACAACACAGUAGUUGGGUCAUCAUAUGUACUUUUUGUCUUAUCAAUCUUCUUUACAAUAGUAGGACUUCUUUUUGCUGGCAAAGUUUGUUUACCAGGCUGAGGAAUGUCUAAACUGCUCAACUCUCUUUAUUUUUUAUUUUUAUGUUUAGAGGGUGGGAGGAAACAGACAAGGGGUCUGAGCAGUCCUGUCAUAGGAAGAUGCUUAGAUGAAACUGAUGCUGAAAAGAAAAUGCUUUGAUUUGUUCUCACUAUGCACUUUGGAUUUUAAAAAAAAUGAGAGCCUUUUCCAUAACCAAAUACAAUAGUGACUAAAUCUCCUGAGCAUAUUCAGGCAGGCAGUCUGCACUGUGAUAGCAACCUAGUGAAGGAGAGUGCUUUAUAUGGAAAGCAUGUGGCCCUUUGUGACUCUGUUACUCUGUUAAUGUCUAAUGAUUCAUUUGAGGAAAAAAAAAGUCUUAAGUAUUUAUGAGUCAUGGUGGACCAGAGGGAUGCAAGAGAAGUUCAUGUGGGGCUGGCCUCACCUCCUAAGAGAUUAUGUUCACAGCUUCCUUGUGAUGUCUAUGAGCCUUUGGCACCAGAACGGUUUACCGUUGCAUUACUGCACCAAGAAGCCAAUAGAUCAAACCACGUUUGCUGAGAUGUAUGUAAAAAUUCCCAAACUCCCUGAUCUCUGUGUACAAAAGAAAAAAAAAUCAAACACUAAAAAACAUGUUUUGGGUGGGUGGGGGAAAUCUUCCUUAUAUUUAUAUAAAUAUAUAUAAUAUAUAUAUUUUGCUGAUGCAGUAUACAGUGUGUAUAUAUGUGUGUGUGUGUGUAUGUGUGUAUACAUUUAUAUAUGCACACAUGCAAACAGUUCCUGGAAGAGAAUUCUGAAUGCUUUGCUAGCAAAACACUGUGGUGUGCAAACCUAGAACUCAGUAGAAAAAAAGCCAUUUAUCUGAAGGCUGCAGAGUGGAGAAAGUCUUCAGUUUACCUCAUUCUUUGUAGCAGCCCUUGAUUUUAACAGGUUUUUGUAAUAGGUACAAAUAAUCCCAUACCUUUCUAGGUGCAAUAUUAAGUUAAGCUAAAAAUUCUUUCUAGGUUUAAUUUAUUUGUAUAUGAUAGUAUCAGGUAAGAUCUUAUCAUUUGGGGAAUCUGACACUAUUUAAAUUAUUGGCAACUGUUGUCUAUUGUACAGAGAUUCGUUUUUCUACUGGCUCAGUCUCUUACAUUGAUAAUGCAUUUUAUAUGUUCAAGCACACAAUUUUACAUAAAUACAAAGUUCACUAGCAAAUGUCUGGCUGUUUUGGCUAUUUACAACACUAAUUUCAAUCUCCCAUAAAAUUAAAUUUUAUUUUUAAGCAUUAUUAAUAUAUCUUUACCAAACACUUGAGCAAUAUAGUAUUUUCUUUAUAUGCUACAUGCCUUUGUUUGCUAAAAGCUAGCAAUUUUGCAUUUACUUCGAGGGGUUUUAUGAAAUCCACAGCUUUAAGUUUUAUUCUAGAGGAAGCAUUGCAGCUAACCCUUGAACUCAUAAGCAGUUUUAAGACACAGUAUUUCUCUUCUCCACAUUUCCAUGCCUUCAUGUCAACACCUAGAUUGUUCCUGGUAAACACUAUAUGUAGCCUUCUGUUAUUGAGCAGGAGGGUGUUUCAUAUAGCAGGGGGGCUAAGUCUGCUCUCUUUAGAGUGAAUGGCAAUCCAGAUACCCUUGUUAGUCAGCAGAGUCUGAGUCCCAUGUAGCCCGUGCUUCACACAAGCAGAAAAGAAUGCACUGUUUUUAAAGCAGCUUGAUUAUUCAUCACAGGACAGUUACUUCAGAGAUGGGGCUGCCUCCUCAGAGGCAUUCUAGAAUGGAGAAGCUUGGUUGAUCUCACACUGGCUUGUUUGAUAUUCUUCUAUCUUACUGUUAAUUCCACAGUAUUAAAUUGUGAAUGAAAACUCCAGUGUUUGGCUCCCACGGGAAUCAUGGAGGAGUUGGGCCACCCCUGUGAUUCACUCCUCGUGUUCUAGGGGAAGUUCAUACCUUUCCUUCCACCUGUGUGAGAAGCCUUUAGUAAACUUGAGGAAGGCCAUUUUCUGCCAAGUAUUAUGAUGUCUAAUCAUUUCUGAAGUCAUCACCAGACAUGUUCUGUGGACAUUUGGGAUAUGGCUCCCAUUUUGAUUUGAUUAGUCCUCAGUCAAAUGGAUCACUUUGAAGGAAAGCUUUGGUUGUUGGCAUUAUACCACUGAAAUAAAGUGUUAGCAAAGUAUGGUUCAGAUUAAUUAAUGAUAUGACCAAGAGCUGUUCUCUUUCACAAGAUGGAUUUUAUUGUAAAUAGUUUCUCAAAGUCUUUUUAACUGGAUCAUGAGCAUGGGGAAAGAAAGUCUCUUAGCUGCUAAGAAUCCCCACCAUUGGCUUCUCUCACUUACAGUGGUUUGCAUAUAAGAUUACAGGAUUUAAGGUUUUAUUUUUAUCUAUUACCCAAACCAUUAAAUCAUCUUUAAUUUCAUCAUUGUCUUGGAGAUCUAGUGCAUGAGGAGCUGACUGGGGGGAAAGUCCCUCUAGCCACACAGCACUCAAGCCCGGGACUAAGACCAUCCCAUCCAGUAGUAUAUGAAGUCCAGUCCUGUCACUCUUCCAGACCAAACAUGGAAAUGGACUCAUCUGUGUAAUUUCUCCAAGUCCUGUAAGUGAAAGAUAACCAAUGUCAGCAGUUGCUUUUUUUAAAGGUCACUAUAAGUACUAUAUAGUACAGUAUUAAUUUAUGCAGGAAAUCAUAUCUUGUAAAAUGUAUAAAAAACACUUUUAUGGUGCAAUCAUUUGUCAAACUUUCGUCUGUUACAUUGUUUUUAGAAUGUGCAUCUCAUGCCUAAGAAUAUCACUGCAAAAUCUGCUGAAAACUCUAUGUUUUAUUUGCACAAGACUGAAUUAGUUUGAGUUUUUUGGAAGCUCUAUUGAACAUGCCUAAACAUCUGUAAACAUAAAAAUCUUCAAUCCAUUAAAAGCAAACAUUUCAGUAUGAUUCUUUCCAAAGGUAAUCCAUGUUCUGUGUUGUUAGUGUGUGGAUGUAAUGUUUCUGGAUCUUCCAUCUCUUACAAACUUAUUUUCUGUUUCAUCUGAUUUACUUUUGAAGGAUGCCUUUUUUCCCUUCUUAAUGUUCUAGAUGACCAAAACACUGCUUUGGUUUUACCCAUUUGCCUAAAGCUUUGAUAUUUCACUUGAUGUUCUGUGAGUUCACUGUCUAACCUCUCCAGUGAAAUAAUAAAUAGUCCUGGUGACAAUCUCUUGAUUUAGAGGAAAGACCCUGAAAAAACUGUUGAAAACUAACCUUGGAUGUAUUCUUAGCUAUUAUUUUGCAUCAUGGGCUUCAUGCGAAGAACAGGUUGCAUUUAUUUUUGUCUUUAUUAAAAGACUACUAGCCACAGUUAUUCUGAUUAUAGUGAUUAUCAACCCACUUUGAUCUUCUUUUAAAAAAUUAAAUUCACAUUCACAAUUCAAAACAGUAAGUUGUCUUUCAGAAAAUUUUUGAAGGAUAAAAAUAUAUGAAGGAAAAAGGUGGCCUGUGUAGAUAGAAUUACCCACACAGGGCUUUUAGUUUUAUCGCUUACGAAGGUUUUCAGGUUUGUGAUCAAGGUCUGUAUAUUAUCUCAAACUUUAUUAAAAAUUGUUUUCUAAUUGGUUAUAACAUUUUUUCAAUUAAUAGUUUCAAAACAAAUUGUUAAUACAACUGUAUAAAAUGAACAUAAUUUUCUUCACUUGUAUUUUUGUUAUUGAGCAAGUUUAUCAAAAUAAAUUGUCUACUAAAGAAACUAA